AAAAAAAAUAAAGGAUAAAAAAAAGUAGAUAGCGGCUAAAGUAAAGCUUGUUCUCCCGUUCCUGUCGUUUGCAAUUUACGGUUCCGCCUUUGGUCCUCCCUCCAAUCUCUCGCGCCAGCGGACGAGGAAGCUCCGUCGCUUUUCGAGCCGGGAGCGAAUCCCGAAGUCAUCCUCUCGAAUUUGUCUUUUGUCCUCGCUUGGUUAAAUGGGCUCCAAGUUAUCUGCGCCAUUUUCCUUCACAAUGCCGAUUUCUGGUCCAUGAGACUUGACACCUCGACUCAUUCCACUGCAUCACUAUCAUUUGUUACGGAAAGAAGAGUGCUUCUUGUUAGGUCUGGUAAAAAAGAUUGGGUAUGGCUGGUCAAGAGGAUGCUAAUAUGUCUAAGCGGGAUUCCUUGCUGAUGGAAACCCAUGAGAUGUGGAAGAGUGAGAUGGAAUCAUAUCGAUCGCAGGUAGAUAAGUUACAGGCUAAACUUAUGGAUGUAAAGGUUUCCAUUGAGAGUUCAGAAGAAGAUGCCGGAAAGGAAUUGGCAGUUCUGUGGGGUGAGGUCAGAUUAAUAGCUACUAUGCUGCAUCAUCUGAAAUCCAAAGCUAGAAUCAUGGCUGUUCCUGAGUUAGCCCAUCUGUCUUGUGUUGUUGAACAACUUGAAGGGGUAAGCCUUGUUGAGAAAGGCGAUGCUCAACCUUCCAAAUCGGCUACGGAAAUUGAUCUUUUGCCUUCUGAUAGUCCAGGUGAAGAAACACAGACUGGUAUCGGCAGGCACCCGAAUUACUUGGAUAUAAAGGAUAAAGUCUAUGCUAAUGUGAUGCUCCAAUCCAUACAGAUGGUUACUGACAUGUUGGAAUCUCUAGUGAGAAGAGUCACAGCGGCAGAGUCAGAAACCGUGGUUCAAAAGGAGAAGGUGCUUUUAUGUGAGGAAGAAAUAAAAAGGAAGGCCGUGCAAAUUGAGAACUUGUCCUUGAAGUUAGAAGAGAUGGAAAGAUUUGCUGAAGGGACUAAUAGUGUUUUAAACGAAAUGAGGGAGAGGAUUGAGGAACUGGUUGAAGAGACAACAAGACAGAGGCAAAAAGCUAUGGAAAAUGAAGAAGAGCUCUCUCGAGUUAAGAGAGAGUUUGAGUCACUCAAAAGCUACAUUAGUACGUUUACCAAUGUGAGAGAAACGCUUCUUUCCUCCGAGAGGCAAUUCCAAACCAUCGAGGUUCUUUUCGAGCGGUUGGUAGCAAAGACAACGCAACUAGAAGGCGAGAAGGCGCAGAAAGAGGUCGAAGUGCAGAAGAUGAUGGAGGAGAAUGUGAGACUGAUGGCCCUUCUGGACAAAAAAGAGGCUCAGCUCCUGGCCUUGAAUGAACAAUGCAAAUUUAUGGCUUUGAACUCGUUGAACAUAUGAAUUAUAAAGUUUGCUUUGCAGAAGAUCUUUGCCUCAGAUGCAAUUUUUCAUGUAUUCAUUGUUUCAAGAUCUGAAAUUGUUAUGCUAACUGUUUCCAAAGAGUAUGGCUUUGUUGUAUAAGCAACCAGAAGUUUAUUUGGAGUUCCUGCCUUCAUUUCUACAACUAAAGUUGAAACUGCA